GCAAUCAGUGUACCGCCGGCCGCGUAGUCGAUCGGUCGGUUUGUACUGUUUUCCUUCGUGGGAGUUUCGUUUCGACGUCUCCGUUUGAUCUCUUUCUCUCUCUUCAAUUUUCGAUAGUAUCCGUUUCGAAAAACGAUUGAAAAAUUUCUCCCACUAUUACGUUUCUUUAAAAAUACAAAACGAUUAUUCCUCGUUCAUUAAACGAUUAGAAUUUCUUACGUCUAAGAAAUAUAUUCGUUCGUUUAUUCUCUUUUAACGGCGUUUUUUUAUUACGAGAACCUGAAUAAACUUUACACUCGUGAAACAAACUAUCCUUCUCAUCUUAUACGGAGCCAAAGAGAGAGAGAGAUAGAGAGAGAGAGAGAGAGAGAGAGAGAGAGAGAGAGAGAGAAAAAGAAAGAGACAGGAAAAGGUGAUCUGUGAAUGAAUUGUUAUCAAAUUGAGAAGUACGGUUAUAUAUAUAUAUAUGUAUAUGUAUAUAUGUAUAUAUAUAUGAUUGAAGAAAGGGAAAUGUCGAAGGGACAAGAAGGUCGAUUCUUCUUCGAUAAUUAAUAUCUUAGAAGACAAUACCCUUAUUGAGAGAAAAGUGUAGUAUAUAUUGCAAGAGAAAGGGAAGGAGUGAGGGAGUCAAGCGAGAGGGGCCAAGAGAGGAAUUCCAUCUAUCUUCGCGCAGAUGAUAUUAACGCCAUUAUACGAGCAUCGAUGAGAAUCAAUCUUUCAGAGGUCAUCACGGAGGUCAACCGGAAGAAGAGAUCGAUAAUACGAGCGAAUAAUUUUAAGAUUCUCCUUUGAGGAACAUAUUAUAAAACACUGUUAUAAUUAAAAAGAAAAAGAGAAAGAAGAAAAAGGAACGAGACAAGAAAGAACAACAAAUUGAAGUGAUAUCGCAGGGAUAUCAAUAAGGGGCAGACACGCGAAGGUAAUAUCCCUCUCGAGGAAAAAAAAAAGUAAAAGAAGAAAAAAGAUCAAACGCAGGCGCCAUUUUUUUUUUCUUGGUUAAAUGGCAACUAACCACAACUCUAUUGAGUCAUGAAAGCUAACCUAUAAAAAGAGAGAAAAUAAAAAAAAUAAAAAAAAAAAAAAACAGAAUAACAGUGAGGGGGGAGGGAAGAAUAUAGGAAUCUCUCGUUAGAAGACAAAAGGAAAAAAAAAACAAAAGAAGUGAGGAAGAGAGGAAGAGGAAAGCGAAGGUCAUGGCGACACCACCGGACUCGCCGGGACCGGAAGAGGCUCUUUUCGAGUUCGAGAGCACGCGGGCGAGACAACAAACCACCAGACCUGUAGCCCUCGAGGAACUACUCAGACAGACCAAGUUCUCGAGGCAAGAGAUUCGUGUUAUGUAUCGAGGAUUCAAGCAGGAAUGCCCGGAAGGUGUGGUUCACGAGGACUCCUUCAAGGACAUAUACGCAAAAUUCUUCCCACAUGGCAACUCCAGCCUCUACGCUCACUACGUAUUCAAGGCUUUCGACGUUAACUGUAACGGGGCCAUCAGCUUUAGGGAUCUUUUGGUAACCCUAUCGACCCUUUUGCGAGGUAGUAUUUAUGAGAAAUUAAGAUGGACCUUCAAAUUGUACGACAUAAACGGCGAUGGUUGCAUCACGAGAGGUGAAUUAGGUGAAAUGGUUACGGCCGUUCACGAGCUCAUGGGUAGAAGACAUCAUGCCGAGGAAGAAAGAAAAGCCAGGGAACAAUUGGACAGAGUCUUUAAAAAGUUGGAUCUUAAUCAAGACGGUGUUAUCACUAUCGAAGAAUUUAUUGAGAGUUGUCUCAAGGACGAUGUGAUCACAAGAUCAUUAGCUAUAUUCGACAGUGCGCUUUGAUCUCCGGCAGAAGAGGAAAAGUCGGAGGAUGAGGUCUCUGGAAUAAAUGCGAUAGCACAAACGGCACCGACGCCACCAACGCCGCCUACGCCACUUUCAACAACAUUUUCACAAUCUUUGUCGCCGUCGCCACCACCACCGUCCUAUUCCUUGUUACCACCGAUACCUCCGCCUUUACCCUCGCAACCACCACCAGGAUAUACUGUACAGGAUCAAGAGCUUUAUUUACUCUUGGCAGCUCAUUGGUGGAAUCAACCGGAAGCUCCUCUUUUUUGUUGAAGACGAUUUAACGCAAACUGCAACUGCCUCCGGUGCAAUGAAGAAAUAUAAUGUAUGUUCGACCGUAAUGUUUAUUAAAGAGAGAGCGAGAAGAGGAAGAAGAUGAAGAUCGAAGGAAUAAAAAAAAAGAAGAAGAAAAAGAAAAAGAAAAAGAAAAUAAAAGAAACAAAAAAGGAGGUAAGAGACUAAGCUUCGAAAAUUGUUAACUCCCGAUAUGAAGGGAGUAUAUAACACGAACGAAGCAAGAAAGAAGAUAAGCAUGAUAAACAUUCGAAAUUUGAUCGAAUUCAAAUUCAUUGCUCUCUUCUUAAAAAAGAAGAAAAUAAUAUUAUAGGAUAUAUUAUAGAAAAACGUAUGAGAUAGAUAAAUAGAUAGAUUCGUACGAAUCGUUCUGUAAGUAU